AUGACAACAAAAUGUGCUUCCCAUCCUGCGAAUGAGGCAACCCUUUUAUGUGAAACCUGCAAGAGGAAAAUAUGUUUGGAGUGUAGCAACCAUGAAAAGCAUACACAAAUACCAAUGAAGGAAGUUAAAAAAGUUUUAGAGGAUUUAACUUCCGAACAAUAUUCUGUCAUUAAUGCUAUCAAAUCACUGGAAAGGAAAGCAAAGACAAGCGUGGAUUCUGUUAUUCAAGAAGUUCAAAAGACCGGUCAGGAAAUGGUUCAGAAGAUUGCGGAUGUUCGUCAAAAUGAGGCAGCAACAGCGCGAUUAAUGGACGGAAUCCUGAAGGGACAACGUGAUUCGAUCGAAGAAAAAUACCUGAAAGCAAAGGAUCUGAAAUCAUCUAGAAGUCAGUAUACGCGCUGCAAGCGUCUAGAGUUUAUCCAAUCACAUUAUCACAUGGGCAUUAUACCUAAAGCGAUUGGUCGUUUAGAAUGGGUAACUGAAGAUCAAGAACUUGCCGAGCUUUGUUCCUUCAAGACUUCAAAAAGCAGUUUCAUCAGGUCGAUCUGGCCCGUCGACUCAUCGAAGGCAUGGAUACUGCAUUACAGGGACGAAGCAUUACAUCUCAUAGAUUACAAUGGUCAAAUUCUUGAAACAAGGAAUUUUGGUGAGCGCGUUGAGGACUUCUGUCUAUCUCCUGCUGGUGAUAUACUAUACACAACAUGGGAUGGCUGUGAGCUUAAGAAAUUAACCAAGGACAGAGAGUCGGUAUCGCUGCACGCAUUUGAUUCAGCUUACACCACAAGAGGCAUUUGCUUCACAGGUGAAGAUGUCAUAGUGUGCCUCUGUUCGAAAAACAAAUCAAAACCGACUAGGUUGGCGAAGAUGUCUAUCGCAAAAUCAACAGCUAAAGAACUUGAAUGCACUGCGAAAAUUGGCUUCUUCGAACCUGGUCGUGUGAGCUGUACUCUGGGUGGUGUCAUGGCUGUCAUCGACUGGAAGGAUACUGGUCGAUUCGUAAAAGUGAUUGACAGGGACGGAAACACUAGAUCAACUUGGAACGGGGAAAUGAAGUCAGAAUCGAACAUUUCUCCAUUUGUACCAUUUGAUGUAUCUUUCUGUAACAUUAACAACGACAAACGAUUUCUCGUUACACUCACGGGGUCUGGUUGGAACAAGGUUUGUUCCGUAGAUGUGUCUGGAGGAAAUGCAAAGUGCAUCUACACUGCAGAAGAAAAAACUUGUGAUGGCGCAAUAGCAACAGAUCCGGAUGGCCAAAUUUGGAUUGGUGACGAGAAAGGUAGAAUUCACAUCAUGGCGGUUUUAGCAAAGACAUAA